AUCAGAUGGAUCCAGUUCCAAAGGGAUCCAGUGGGAUUGGAACUGGAUGAUCUCUAAGGUCCCUUCCAACCCAAACCAUUCCAGGAGUCUAUGAUGUCUGUGUCUUAUAUGAGGCAAAUUAAAUAUGUAGAGGGGAAGAACAAAAAAAAAACAAACAAAAACCAAAACAAAUUUAAAAAGCACUUGAUAAACUUAAUCCUAUGUGUUUAUCAGAGAAAAUGCUCUUCUGAUAAAGAAUUAAUUUUUAAGAAUUAAAAAAACUGAUUAAUCACUUUGUCUUUAACUUUCCACAUUUCCAGGCUCUGCACUGUACAUUUCCCAGUAGAUGGGCAAGGAAAUCUCCAGCAGCAUGAAGGAAUUCAUCCUCCUGAGCCUCUCAGAGAACCAAGGGCUGCAGAAAAUAUAUUUUGUGGUGUUCCUGGUUUUCUACAUGCUCACGGUGGCAGGAAAUCUUAUAGUUCUCAUUGUGACGAGCAGCCAGCACCUGAACUCCCCCAUGUACUUCUUCCUCUCCCACCUGUCCCUUGUAGAUAUUUGUUACUCCUCCGUCACAGCUCCCCAAAUGAUUUCUGGCUUCCUGGUGGAAAAUAACACCAUCUCCUUCGCAGGUUGCAUAGGGCAGCUCUUUGGGGUUCAUUUUUUUGGCUGCACGGAGAUUUUCAUCCUGACAGCCAUGGCUUACGAUCGCUGCGUGGCCAUCUGCCGGCCCCUGCACUACCCCGCGCUCAUGUCCCGCCGCCUGUGCGGCCGCAUGGUGGGGGUCUCCUGGGCUGGGGGCUUCCUGCAUUCCACCCUCCAGACCCUUCCCAUCGCCCUGCUCCCUUUCUGUGGCCCCAACAAAGUGGCCCACUACUUCUGUGAUGUCCACCCCCUGCUCCACCUGGCCUGCGCCGACACGCGCGCCGAGGGCCUGGCCGCGGUGGCCAACAGUGGAGUCAUAUCCCUGAGCUGCUUCCUCAUCCUGGUCACGUCCUACGUGGUCAUCCUGGUUUCCCUGAGGGGGCAAACGCUGGUGGGGUGGCACAAGGCCCUGUCCACGUGCGGGUCCCACAUCACUGUGGUGAUCCUGUUCUUUGGGCCCACCACGUUUGUUUACAUCCGCCCGUCUGGUGACCUGUCCGAGGACAGGAGCGUGGCCGUGUUCUACACGCUCAUCACACCCAUGCUCAACCCCCUCAUCUACACCCUCCAGAAUGGGGAGGUGAAGGGAGCCAUGAGGAAACUGUGCAGGAGGAAAGUGGGAAGUGGAAAUGGGAAGGGGUAG